UUUAUCCUUUGUGAGAACCAUACAUAUCCUAUAUAUUUGUCUAAAUUCCCCUUUUUCAAUUUCGUUGCAUUUUUCUUUUCCAACAUACUCAAAAAAAUCUUCUCUUUCUCUGAGAAAAAUCCAAUGGCUAAUUUUGUAAAGGAAGAAGUUGAAGUUGUUAUUGUAGGAGCUGGUCCAUCAGGUUUAGCUGUUUCAGCUUGUUUAAACAAAUUGUUCAUCAAAAAUAUUGUGCUAGAAAAAGAAGACUGUUGUGGCUAUUUGUGGAAGAAAAAGACUUAUGAUAGACUUCACUUGCAUUUAUCUAAAGAUUUUUGUUCAUUGCCUUUUAUGCCACAUGCAACUUCAUCACCAAAGUACUUGUCCAAAAAUGAAUUUAUUCAAUACUUAGAUGAGUAUGUUGAAAACUUUAACAUCAAACCAAAAUUCCAACGUUGUGUUGAAUUAGCCUUUUUCAACAAAGAAGAGAAAAAAUGGAAUGUCAAUGCUACAAAUGUGGUUAAUGGGGAAAAGGAAUUUUAUGCUUGUGAUUUCUUGGUUUUGGCUACUGGUGAAAACAAUGAGGCCUAUAUCCCAAAAGGGCUAGGGCUUGAAAAUUUCAAAGGAGAAAUUAUUCAUUCAAGUGAGUACAAAUCUGGCCAAAAGUAUGAAGAAAAAGAAGUUUUGGUUGUGGGAUCUGGAAAUUCUGGCAUGGAGAUUGCUUAUGAUCUUUCAAAUUAUGUUAGUCACAGUUCAAUUGUUGUUAGAAGCCCAAUUCAUGUUCUAACAAGGGAGAUGGUGUAUACUGGAAUGAUGUUGCUAAAAUAUCUACCAGUAUCUUUGGUUGAUACUAUGAUUGCAAAGUAUGCCAAGUUUACAUUUGGAAAUUUGGCAGAAUUUGGAAUACCACAACCAGAAGAAGGCCCAUUUUAUGUGAAACUCUCAGAAGGUAGAUCCCCAGUAAUUGAUGUUGGUGCCAUUGACAAGAUUAAACUUGGAGAGAUUAAGGUACUUCCUGGAAUAUCAAAAAUAAAGGAACAUACAGUAGUCUUUGACAAUGGGGAAGAACACCAAUUUGAUGCAAUCAUUUUUGCUACGGGUUACAAGAAUGUAGCUACCAAAUGGCUUAAGGAUCAUAGCUCUAUAUUUCUUGAUGAUGGAACGUUGAUAAAUGAAUUUCCAAAUCAUUGGAAAGGAGAGAAUGGCCUCUACUGUGCAGGUUAUUCAAAAAAAGGGAUAGCUGGUAUAUCAAUGGAUGCAAAAUCUAUAGUCGAAAAUAUCAAGGUGGUUAGAGGAGAGAAAAUCUAGAGAUCCUUUUUAUUAUUAUAUCAGACUGUUGUUAAAUUUAGCUAGAACCUAAAGUCUUGUUUGUUUUAGUGUGUUUUUGUUGGAGUCUAGCUUCUAUUACCAAAUAAAUUUGAUGGAUCUUUAUGAUUGGUUGUUUUUGUUUGA